AUGGUUACAGUCCUUUCAGAUUAUACAGUAAUUGUCCAGACGGCUGAUAAAUGGGGGGCUGGAACGGAUGCUACAGUAAAAAUCAAAGUGGAAGGUACGAAGGGAAACGCAGAACGGAAUCUAGAAGGCAGUUUUGAACGAGGAGAGUAAGGAAAAUGUUUUCUGUAAUUUCCACGCUACCGAUUUUAAUUAGCAUUCUAUAUUCUAGCUACGGCUACGGUAACGUCAAAAGAACAGUAGAUCUAAUAAGCAAGACAAACACUCUGGAUGCUUAUCACACUUUUUGAUUCUUUUUGUGCGGUCCUUUGCACGUGAAAAUCCUCUUCCCAAGUAUUACUAGGAUCUGAUUUAACACACACAAAAAUAAUUUUCUUUCUCCUCUAUAAACUUGGGUACGUUCCGUUAGAAUUUAACAACAAAAAAAUUCACCUAAGACUUGACAGACGCAAGUAGGACUAAUCGCUUCGACAUAUGCAGUUUGUUUUAUUCGAUAGAUGAUGAUGAUAAUGAUGAUGAUGAUGAUAAAAUUCUGUAUGCUGAGGAGGUUUAAUUUUCAUUUUAAUUUGUUAUUCAGUUCUCACUGUGUUGCUGGUGUUGCUACCCGCGGUCACAUCUACUGUCACUGCCUGUUUCUUGUUUAUUGUUAGAGUUGCAUUGUCUAUAAUUUUUUGUCUAAUUUAUUUUAAUACAUUAGAAGCAUAAGAUGCUGUCGGAAAACGUUUGCAGAUUGCAGAUACACUUUACCUACAAGUAAUGUUAGCAGAUUUUACUGACACGAGGUUCUUAGUCACUAAAGAGUAUCAAUAGGAGAGAACUUUACAUUAAAGCUGAAGUUGCUUCUUUUUUCCAAAGCACACGAUAUUUCUUUACAUAGCUGAAAAAUAAUAGCACUAGCAUGGCAAUUGGCUGAUUCUGAAUAUCCGGGACUGAUACAGAAACAACAAAUAAAAGGAAACAAGGAAACUUGUUUGUUUCUUUAUAAAAAAAAGUAAGGAAGUUAUUUUGCUGUCUGUUAAAAAUUGAUCGAUUCACACUUUUAAAAAAGUGUACAAUAAAAUCUUGAGAUAUUACAAUCCAGCCUGUUCAAAUUACCGAAGAUUGAGAAUUAUGGCCUUUUGUUCCCAAAUAGGAAGUUAUUAUAAACCGGAUUAUCAUCAUUAGGUUUUUAAUUUUUCAAUUAAGAUUCCUGUGAACUAAGCGUCUGUCCUACGUAAAAUAAUAUUAUCCCGGAGGGUGUUAUUCGCCCGAACCCAUCCCAUCUUCUCACAAGUUCUUCUCAUGAUGCUCAGCCUUCAUCCAGUUAUUGUAGCCUACUCACAGUCCCUCUAUUUUCCCUUCAGAGAUCGUCGAGCGCGCGUAUGAAAAUAAAAACCAAGGGGAUUUAUUAACUGCUAGUGCAAGGGGGUCGUUCUUCCCCUCCCCCCUCGCUCUCACGCGCUCGUUUCUUUCGCGUACUAGUAUCUUUUCGAAAAGAAAAAUAGAAUAACGUCUGUGUACAGACUACAGUAAUUGUUAAUUAUUAUUUCACUGAGAAACUAACUCCUCAGUCCUUAUUUCCUGUACGAUCUCUUUGCUUUUAAAUGAUGUGUACAUUUUCACAACAAACAUGAACCUCGUUAUCAGCGCUUUUUCCCUCAGAAACAAAGAAGCCCUAAGGAACGAGAUUGAGAAAAAACAUCUGAAACACAUUAACUUGGUCUGUUGAUCAAUCUAGUUACUAACACUAUGUUUUUUCCUUUUUGCCAUUAUUAAUAUUUUAACAGGCAUGAAACAUUCCAUUUCUCUGACUGGGACAUUGGAUAUGUUAAGGUAUCAGCCACCCUUAAAAUUGCCAUUUUUCCAUAUUUGAGGUUUCAACGUUUUCAAAUAGAUAUGCUUGAGAGCUUUCUUUCAAAAAAAAAAUCAGAAGAAAAUAUUAUUUCUGUCGAAAGAUAUCGGUGGUAAAAGAUUUUUUCUCGUUAAUUAUCUUAAUUGAUCGUUGACAAGAUCUGUCAUAUCCGUGUCAUAUCAAUUAACUUGCCUGUGAACUAGUAACGUGAUUCCGAGUGCGUGAUUGGACACAACACGUGCGAAUUGUCUUCGCGUUGUUUAUAGCCUUUAGUAUUCUCCGUGGAUAUUUAGCGUUUGCUUCGGUGAAAAUGCCGCCAAGAAAAAAGAAAAGGUCGUGUCCGUUUUCGUCAUCGAAACCGAGAGCGAAAAAGAAAUCGAAUGGGCCGCAAAAUUUUAUCAGCAAGAGAAGUGGCUCGAGGAGUUGGAUAUUCAGAAAAGCGAAAAUGCUGCAGUUGCUGAGAGUGCAAGCCGCUCCAAAAUCCAGCUUGAAGAGCCAGAUGAAGAAAGCCAAUUAAGCUCAUCGACCGCAUCUGCUGAUGGAACGUGGAAAACAAUAAGCGGUCGAGCUAUCGUAUCGAGAGAAAAGCUGCUUGAGAAACUGGACGAGUCUGUAUCUUGUCGAUUUUGCCGGGGAAGAGUCCAAGUCAUGGAAAAUGUAGCGACUAAGCAUGGACUUGGUUCUACCUGGAGAAUCCAGCGCGAGAAUGAAAGCUGUCCGUCGCACAAGACAAAUUCUGUUUUUAAUUCUUCCGAGAAGAGCAGAGCGUUUGAAAUAAACCGGACCUCAGUUCUUGGCCUUCGAGCAAUCGGUGGUGGACAUUCGGCGGCUUCAAAAUUUUUUAGUUUCCUUGGCCUGGCGCCGAUCAACAAAUCAUACAAAAAAGAUCGAAGGAGAGGCAAAACUUUUGCUCGAGAAAGAAUUAAACCGUGCUUCUCGUGUUGUAAAAGAGUGGAAGUUUUCCUGUUACAUGUUACCUGUCAAAGUCCUAUUGUUAGAGAAAAUUGAUCCCUCUCUGAUAUCAAUCAGAAUAAACAUUUAGGUGUUAUAAUCUCAUUCCAGGUAGGAUGCCGCCAAAAAAGUAUUUUCUUUUUUAUCUCCGAACGCAAAUUUUGCCGAUCGACUCGUACGUUUUGAACUCCAAGUCAGCAGCCUUUCAAUCAAUUUGGCUAAAAUUUGGCCAGAGUGAUUCCAUAUAUCUCUUCUACAAAACCGUGUCUGCGAAUUUUAAUACUCCUUUUCAUUUUAAAGCUAGAGCUUUUUUUCCACAGGGAGUGUUGACUAAUUGCCUUCCCCGACUUCAUUUGCUAAUAAAAGAAAAACAAACGCACUUGUCAAAAAUCUGAGACACGGUUUUUUAGUGGAACAUGUUGAGAACCAAAUGCGAUGUUAAUUGUUUUCUUCCGUUUAUUUCCGGCGGGAGUGGAACAUGAUUUAUAGAGACGUGUACGUUUACACAAAGCGUUCCACUUUCGAAACACAUUUAAGUAAAUCGUUUUUGUUAGUUCAAAUCCAUAAUCUGGAAUUAUUAAGCUUUUAAAAAAUAUAUGGUUUAUAGGGGUUUUUAUAAAAACAACUGACGCUACAGCGAUCCGCGCGCGGACGGUCCUGAAGGGUGGCUGAUACCUUAAAGGUCUAGAGAUUUAUCGUGGCAACGAGGGUACUUUUCCUGGCUGGGACUUGCAA